CAGACUCAGUUGGUGCAGAUCAACACUUGUGCAAUUUUCCUGCAGACAUGUGGUCUAAUGCUUUUUUCCUGUCCCUUCCGAUCUUUGUAGGUUGUGGAUUAGAAGAGCUCAAAGUGAGGCCUGGGGAAGAUUCCAUUCUUCAGUGUCAGAGUCCCAGAGGUGAUGUCAUCAUCCUGCUGGAGUGGAGAAGAUCUGAUCUCAAGUCAGACACCUAUGUGUUCUUCUUCCGAAACCAGCGUCCAUAUGAAAACUACCAGCAUGAGUUCUUCAAAGGCCGAGUGGAGCUGAGAGAUCCAACCAUGAAGGACGGAGAUGUUUCAGUGAUUCUGAAGAACGUCAGCACCAGCGACACGGGAACAUACGAGUGUGAGAUUACAGUCAGGAACACAGAAGGUGUCGUGACUGAGACUAAGCACUCUGUCAACCUCACAGUCACCACCUCAGGUUUCACAGAUGAAGACACCAAGGAUGGAGGAGACAAGGAUGGAAGAGACAGGGAUAAAUUUCUUCCUGUCAUAAUUAUUUUAGUUUUUGCUUUCCUUAUAAUAAUUACUGUUAUUUGCAUACGUAUCCACAGAAAACAGCAUAGAAAUUAUAUGUAGCUAACAGCAAAAGUUAAACAGCUGAUAUAAAAUGCCUGAGGUCUGCGUACUCCUGAAUGAUUGGAGGUUCUGCUGUUCCAUAAAGAUGUGAAUGUGUUUGAAAAGCUGCAAUUUUAUUAGGACUGCAUGCAGAAUCUCGCUUUUUCAAUUUUUAAUCACAGAUGAAACAUUUCUGUGUUAGUGAUCAGAAAAUAUCAACAAGGCUGCUGUGGAUAGCACUGCACACCUUGCACAUUGUUUUAUUUUAUUUUGUUCAAGGCUUUCUAUGCAUGCCUGCUGUUAGAUUACAAAAACAAAUCUUAGUAGUUUAGAGUGUUAAUAUGAGUGAUUUAUUAAAUAAUUAUACAGUAUAAGUUAUAGGACCCUCUAGGAUCCAUUUAACAUAUGAAAAACCCUGAAAUCUAAUGUAAAUUUGGGUGACGGUUUUGACAUUAAAGAUCAUGCUUUGGCACCCAGUCCAAAGUAUGAUUUUGCAAAAGAUUUUUACUUCCAGGAAGUACCCCCCCCCCCCCCCCCCCCCCCAAAAAAAAAAAAAAAACAAAACAAAACAAAACCAAAAAAACCAGAACGAAACCAAAAAAAAACUCAGAUAAGCUAAUGAGGCAAAUGGAGUGAGUGAGAAUUGCAUUGUGAAAACCUGUUAAUGCCCUCUGAACCAGGACAAGCUGGCACCCACUACAGUUUAGACUGAGCAGUUCAGCAGCUAUGAAAUCUCCUACUAACCAAUUAGUUCUCUGGAAAGUGGCGACACCAUUCCAGGAAGAUCUCUCAGAUCUCUGAGGAGUACGACAAAGUAUCAGGGCCACAUUAAGAAAAACAAAUUAUUGUUCAUUUUCAGAAUAAAGUUUGUAUGCAAAGAUUAAAGCUGUCAUUUCAAGUCAAAAAACUGCCACAGCUGCUGUAGCCUCCACAAAAUGCUGUGUGUAGAUCAGUAAGUGGAAUGUCCUUCAGAAGGAUACCAAUGGUUACACCCUCGUGCACUGAAGAGGAUGUAUGUACAAUCAAAACACUGCUGAACAGUGUCAACAGAACAUACAGAAGGAAUAGGAGCCUGGCAGAAGUUUAACUUGAAAGAACAACUGUAAUCUCUACACUUUAAUUAUAUUCUCAAAAUGAACAAUUUAAAAAUAUGUUUUCUUAAUGUUGCCCUGAUACUUUGUCAAACGGAAGGCGAGAGUAAGAAGGUCUGAAGAGUUUCAAUAAGUGUCUGAUGUCUUUGUGUUUCCCUGUUGACUUUCAGUAUUGAAUAUAAAUACUUAGAUGCAAGUUAGUAGCUGUUGGCAGCAAAACAAUUUUACAAUUUCAUUAUUAUAAAAUCAUCAAUAUCUUAUUCUAAAACAGGACUCCUGUACUUGACCUCAUAUCAAACUUGUACAUAGACUAAGCCUAAUGUCUGUUUUUCUAUUUAAUCUUUACUCUCAAACACUUAAACAGCUGAAAGAAUAAAAUCUAAAACUGUCAGGAUCAGGUUAAGCCUGACUUUACUAAAUCCAGUGAAUGGAGCACAAACUGUGCGCGGUCAUGGGAGUGUGUGUGUAUUCAUUUGGUGAUUUAUAAAAUGUAUACAUGUUAUUAUACUUGAUUCUUAUUUGUAGAGUCACCAAACCAGGACUGUCAUGGCUAAUGUGUGGCUUAACAAGCUGCUGUAAAUAAAAGAAUCAGUGGAAACGUGGAGCUUCCAGACCAUUUGAAGCUGACAUCAAGAACAUAAUCUCCUCCUGGAAGUUUUAGUUUUUAUCCUUUCAGAUGCAUUUUAAAUAUAACAACAAAAUUGAAAUUGAAAUUUGAUAUGAAGCCAGCAAGUACAGUGCAGGUGUCCGGUUUUUGAUUGUUAAGAACAAUAAAAAGGUGUAAAAUUGUUUGCUGCAAAAAGAAAAUGAAGAUCAGGGAGUAAAGUUCUGCUUAAAAAUUUAAAUUUAGACCCUCCUACUCUCACCUGUGAUGCUGAUUUCGCACAGCAUAUGUUACCAUGGCGAUUUACCCCAGUAAGAAGCAAACUACCUGUGUAGUACAGAAAACCCAGAAGUUACCUGAAUAAGCCAAAAUCAGUGGUUUGUUGUGCAUUGUUAUUUCAGUCUUACACAUCUUUGUUAGUCAGUGGUUUGUUUGUUUGUCAGUGCAUUGCUACCUUUGCCCAACAAACCCUUCUGACAAAUACUGAAUUAAAAGUGACAGCAUUUAUAUGAUGUAUGUAGAUAUUUUAUAAAAAUCCCACAAUCAUGUGUUUUUGCAUUUGACAGUUUAACUGAGCAUCAAAUGAUAUGUAAGAUUAGAGUUGUGUGUCACAAUGUAAUGUAUCAUGAAUCAAGCUAUAAUGUUCUGUAUGUUUGUAUGUUUGCGGGGUGAUGGUGUACAGACUUUUUAUGUUUUGCUGUGAUUGUUUUAA